AUGCGGCUCUUUGAUUUUUUGGUUCCAAUUGGCAUCAAACUCAACUGGGUGUCUAUCCCGUAUAGCCGCGCCAAAUAUGAUGAACGCUCACCGGGGGUAACAAGUCCUCAUUGUUACACUCAGAAGAUUCAUUCUAAGCAAGUGGACCGUACAUUGAGAUCUCUCCUACAUCCGGCUACGCCAAAACCUGACUUUCCAUUCGCGGCACCUGCUACAUACAUCAGCGAGUGGAAGUCUGCACAACAAGGACACUUGAGUGUCAAGGCCUAUAGCCCGGUGAAGGAUGCAAUUUUGACCUUGAUUAGUAAGCUUCGAGACUACUACAUCUUGACUGAGGUCCUUUACCCGAGCAUUGAUUUUACAGGAAUGUUUAAGUUCUCUUCGACGACUCUUUAUGGCGCCUGCACACUUUUCAAGUUAUUGCUUUCCAUCAAAGCCACACCUGCUCAAGCCAAUCAAGCCUCGGCAGCAGCUCAGGACAAUGCAGCAUCAAAAAGAAACGCGGGAUCGGACUCUUCUGACAAUGAAGAUCAUUCAUUGGAGGACGAUACUAUGGUCAAAAAGGCGGCACCAAAGAAGGUGAAGAAGAAAAAGAAGAACACAAGGUCCAAGCAGGACGAUCUUGAGAAUCAUUUUUUGAAAGACUUGUCUCCCGCUCAGAGAAAACUAGCUGAGGCUACAGAUAGGAAGCUCAAGAAUGAUUUGGACCGACACAAAGCUGGACCACUUUUCCUCAUGAUCCUCCCUGGGGAAAUGGAAGGUACCUACAUCUUUGUCUGCCAGAAGAAAUAUGGACAGCUGGCGCGCAACGUUUUAAAAGGGAUCGUUCCGUUUCUGACUCACCACUUGUAUGAACCUACCAUCGUUCAAGCUGAUCAGACCAUGGGCAAAUGGAUCCCUGAGUCCGAAAUUCAGCUGGCUCGACGUAAGAACUUGGUUUGGUGCACCAAUACUUUGCAAGCCAUUGCAGUUGAAGCACGGUCUGAUAUGGUGGAAGAAACUUUGGAGUUCCUGGAUGACGUCAUUGAGGAUACCACGGAUGUUUACCAGGGUCAGCUCUCCAUUGAUAUGAAUAUGGCCAAUGCUAAGGACAUCGAUGACAGGAAGACAGUUACAGGAAUGCUCGAUGAGAUGCAGGAGCGCGAACGACAACUUGAGGACGCCUUUAUUGAAAUCAAAGCUCGCGAUCACGCUUUGGCAGCAAAAGAGGAGGCUUUAGCUCAACAGAGAGCCGCCACCGCUGCUUUACAGGCUAAGCUCGAUGCUCUACAGCGCCAGACUGCCAACCACUUGGCAAUUUCCUCCCAAUCCUCCAGCAACCACAAGGUCUCACCAGAUCGUCCGGAGCCUACCAUGCCACCCAAAAAGAAGAAAGGCAAGUCCGACAUUUCUGCUAACAGGGCUCGCAACUCGGAUGAUCAAAAGCCUCUACCAAAGCAAUCGCGUUCUCGGUCAGGGGUUCACUUCCAGCAGCAGACUCUGCCUACUCAGAUCAAUCCGCCAGAGUCGCAGAUUCAAGCAGUCGAUGAGACUCCGAUGGACGGCGACACUACUACAGCAGUGUCACAGGAUGAGAGCCAAACCUCUUCAUCGACAGCGGCUUCGCCUGGCGGAGUCCAUCCCUUCUUCCUAUCCCCUUCUGGCAAAUCCAGUGAUGGAUCGGUUCAGUCGCCCUCCUCUUUGACCGGCCGCGGAGCACAUCGCUCCGCGGCAGGGUCAUGA